UUGACAGUUUUAACACAAGAACUUGUAAGGAGCAGCAAUCUCAGCAUAAGUUUCACUAUUGCAAGGAAGGAGGAUGGAAAUGCAUCAGUAUGCAGGUGCAUUUCAGGCUGUCAGAUGGAGGCAGUGUGUGAGCAGUUCAAUGAGGAGGAGGAGGCAGGAGUUGAUGCUGCAGCCAUGCUGUGGUCCAUUCAGGAGGCUGUAGAGAGGCAGACGCUGCAGAUUGGAGUGUCCGCCUGUGGGGCCACGGCGGUGGUAGAUGUUCUGAAGGCCCUCGGCGUGGAUGUGGCACCAGAGGAGGCUGACCGCUGCGUCCAAACGCGCCUGAGGAGGAACGAGUCACCGCUGCCUGACUACCUGCUGUCCCGCAGUGAAGCUGGUGCAACUCACGCUCAGCUAAUUCAAGGAGCACAGGAUGCCAGUGAUGGGAAAGUGAUUGGCCGGUUCUUCCACCUUCAUCCUCGUCGACAGAUCAGAUUGAUACCUUGGCUCGCACACUGGAUCAGAAAGGGUGCUAUCCCUGUGGCAACCAUGAACAUGCAGCGAGCUGUGCCAGAAGGCGAGGAGGUGCCUGACGCCUGGCACCAUCAGCUCAUAUUUGGAGUUGCACCGAAAGCUGUUUUUAUGACCAACCCUUUAGAUGUAGUAAGCGAGGAUGAGGUGCACCAGCGCCUCUGCAGCGACUCGGUGCUGCUGGUUCGUAGAGAAGAUGUGCUGCAGCGAGUAACGCCUCAUUGCUCGUUAUCCGACCUCCCGGAGAGCCGGUCAGACCUGCGGUGGCAGGCCCUGGAUGUCGAAGGCCAAGUCAGGCGGAUGGUUCUAGAGGAAGAACAGGAACAAGAUCAACCCAAGUUGGUGCACAUCACCAUCCCUGCAGCAUACAGUUCGGGCAUCACGCUCUUUGCUCUCCAAGAGUCAGAGCUGGGGCGAGAACUACUUGAUGCUCCUGAACUCCCUUUGUUGUGACAAAAAAUGGACACAAUACUUCAAACUUGAAGACUUAUUGAUCAUACUGAAGGGACUGCAUGGCUCACACUGGAAGUUUUAAAUGAAGGUGGAUGAAAAAACAAUUAAACAAAUGAUCCAA